GGGCAGGACAAAGUUGAAGAAAACGUCAUGGAAGCCGGUAAAGUUCGUGUGAAAGCAAGUUUCAGGCUUGGAACAGAAACACAUUCGGCACAGGCUCCAAACAAGGAGGUUCUUUCUGAAGAGUUGGUCUCAUUUAAAGAAGACAUCAUGAUCAUACUUAAAGACUACAUCACCAGGCACAAUGUACCCAAUGAAGUCCCUGAACCUGACGAAAUCUCUUCAGACGAAGAUGACGAGGAAAGUCCAGAUGAAGGAACUCCCCCAAAAUCAAAGAAGCGAAAGUAGUAGGUAGUUGCUUUAAGUUUUAUGAUUUGAUUGAGAAAUUGAACCAGAAAGUAACUAGGUAUUGGUAUUGUCAAGCUUUAUCUUGAACAUGAUGACAUAUUACUUCUACCACUACUACUACAUUAAUGUUGACUACAUUUUGAACU